AACAGAGAGCAUCCAUUCGCGUCUCUCUGACAGUGACAGAGGCUGCUCGCCAUUGCUCACCGCACUUUUCAGCCGGGACGUCGAUCUCGCUGACUGCUCCGUGCAGAAGUUGCGACUUCACGCUCGUCUGUUUCUCGUGCCAGGAGCUGAGCGCCGGGUCGGUCCGGUUGCUUGACACACACGCACACGCGCGCUCACACACCCUCCCGGGAGAUCAGUUUAUUCCCUGGAUGCCGGAUGAAUUAUCUGGGAGUUGCGAACAAGUGAACAACAAAGCCGAGGCUCGGGAUCUGCCUCCUCGCUCCUUCCUCCGAAGACGAGACUCCAGGCAGAGUUGGGGACGAUAAUGAUGGGGACGUCCCUGUAUCUUCCUGUUGUGAUUUUACUGAUGCAAUGUUCCCCCUCCGUUCCUGUCACAGUGACGACCAACAGACAUAAAGUGGAGGUAGAGGAGCACAAAGAUGCAGUGCUGUCCUGCAUAUUCUAUACAGAGAAAGACCAGCAACCACGCAUCGAAUGGAAGAAGAAGGGGAAAGACGUCUCCUUUGUGUUCUACGGUGGAAAGUUUCGAGGUCCCUUUGAGGGCCGGGCGACCAUUGAAGGAGCGACAGUGACGCUGAAAAAAGUGACCCAGGAGGAUGCUGGAGAGUACCGCUGUGAGAUCAGUGCUCCUAAAGACUCUGUCAGCCUGGGCGAGACCAAUGUAACGCUUAAAGUCCUAGUGCCACCUCAAACCCCACUCUGUGAAAUCCCCAGCUCAGCAGUGACUGGUUCAGUGGUACAGCUGAGCUGCAGGGACCAGCACAGCAUCCCACCUGCCACUUACUCCUGGUACAAGGACAACCAGCCAAUGAACCCGCCCCGUCAUGCCAACGCAACCUAUCUAAUCAACUCGCGCACAGGAGUUCUGGAGUUUAAAUCUGUAGCCAAAGAGGACACUGGCCGAUACAGUUGCCUGGCAUCCAACGGAGUGGGACUACCCAAGAUGUGCGAGGCCAAGCAUAUGACGAUAGAAUACUCACACUCCAAAGCAUGGUGUGCAGUACGAGUCCACGAGGGCAUGCUUCUUGUUAAAGCCCAUGCCCUGACCCCCCGCAGGUCAUUUUGGAUCUCCCAGUGUCAUGGUGCAGCCCACAUCAGCAGCCAAACCCUGCACAGAGCUGAGGACAUGUCCAAUGUCAACUACAUCCCUCCACCCCAAGAACCCCAGGAUUUUAAACACACACAGUCGUUCAUGCUCUGAGAAGCUGGUCUUCCUCUCCAAAAACAAAACACAAAGAAAAAAAAAGGUGAUAAGGUGCCAACACUGGAUUCUGAUUUUGUUUCGGACUCAGAACGAGCUCUUGAUCUUCCAAUACGUGCUAAUUUCAAUCUUUAUUCCGCCGCCAAUCCUUCCGGAUGGUUGAUGUCAAGCAAAUCUGCAAGGCUUCUUUACUCUCUGGCUUUGCUGUGUAUUCGCCUCUUACAUUGAUGUCUCCUGCUAUUAUGGGAUUAAGUACAGUUUCAUGGUACUCUGCUCCCCCCUGGUGGUCAGAUGUUGAAUUUGCAAUUGAUCUUUUUUUUUUUUCAGUAUAAAUUUCUAAGGCUAACUGCUUUAAUUACUCAAUUUUUAUUUUUUACCAAAGACUGAUGUUUAAUUUGAUAGAUUUCUUGUCUUUAAAAAUUUAAUCAUGACAGGGAAUUCUCCUUAAAGCCAUAAGGGAAGCAUCUCAGUUGUUUUCAAUAAAACUACAGCUUACCUCAGUCAGUAUUUCGUCUUCGACACUGGGACCACUCGUGAUCUUAGUAAGAGCAAGAAGCCACUUAACAAUAACGCUGAGGACAACCCCAUUCCAUCCUGAUGUGCCUGCAUGGUCUUUUUUAUAAAUAUACAUAUAUACUAUAUACCUUGUGCCUUUUUAAUUUGUCUGUCUGUCAUAUUUAUCUAUGGAUCACAGUUCUUUUUUUGUAAAAAAUUUGCCUUACUUUUUUCUUUAUAUGUCUUUAUAUUUCUGUGCCACUGAUUAUCAAAUGGAGUGUCUGUUUUUAGGCUGUGUGAAUGACUUCAGAGUUUUAUUUGAAUAGUGUAUCAGUAAUAAAGUUUUUUCUACUCAA